UCUGCCGCUUACUCAUUGCGGAAAACGUGAAAGAAAAUCAUAUUGCCGCCUGUCUGCUACCAAAAUUGAUUGUUUUAACAAAUAUAAACGUAAAACGGCAAAUUCCAUCAAUUAAAUAUGCAGCCACAAAUUGUGCUCCUGAAGGAAGGCACCGAUACGUCGCAGGGCAAGCCGCAGCUGAUAUCGAAUAUCAAUGCCUGUCAAUCUAUUGUGGACGCUGUGCGCACCACAUUGGGGCCGCGCGGCAUGGACAAACUGAUUGUGAAUGCACAGGGCAAAGCGACCAUAUCAAAUGAUGGCGCCACCAUCAUGAAAUUGCUGGAUAUUGUGCAUCCCGCGGCCAAAACAUUGGUAGACAUUGCCAAGUCACAGGACGCCGAGGUGGGCGAUGGCACCACUUCGGUUGUGCUGCUGGCUGGUGAGUUCCUCAAACAAGUCAAACCCUUUGUUGAAGAGGGCGUGCAUCCGCGUAUUGUGAUCAAGGCCAUACGCAAGGCGCUGCAGCUGUGCAUGGAGAAGAUCAAUGAAAUGGCCGUGCGCAUUGAGAAGCAAUCGAAGGAGGAGCAGCGCGCACUGCUGGAGAAAUGUGCCGCGACGGCCAUGUCUUCGAAGCUUAUACAUCAGCAAAAGGAUUUCUUUGCCAAAAUCGUUGUGGAUGCUGUGCUAUCGCUGGAUGAGUUACUGCCAUUGAAUAUGAUUGGCAUCAAAAAAGUGGCCGGCGGCUCUCUAGAAGAAUCCCAGUUGGUUUCAGGUGUUGCCUUUAAGAAAACCUUCUCGUAUGCUGGCUUUGAGAUGGCUCCUAAAUCAUAUGAGAACUGCAAAAUUGCUUUGCUCAACAUCGAACUGGAACUGAAGGCCGAGCGUGAUAAUGCCGAGAUUCGCGUGGAUAAUGUCAAAGAGUAUCAGAAGGUCGUUGAUGCUGAAUGGCAGAUAUUGUACAAUAAAUUGGCCAAAAUCCAUGAAUCUGGCGCCAAUGUGGUGCUUUCCAAGCUGCCUAUUGGUGAUGUGGCCACACAGUAUUUCGCCGAUCGCAACAUGUUCUGCGCUGGCCGUGUGCCCGAUGAGGAUCUCAAGCGUACAAUGAAGGCCUGCGGCGGUGCCGUUAUGACCACAGCGAAUGACAUCAAAGCCAAUGUUCUCGGUCUGUGCGAGCGUUUUGAGGAACGUCAAGUGGGCGGCGAUCGUUUCAACCUAUUCCAAGGAUGUCCCAAUGCCAAGACCAGCACACUGAUUCUACGUGGUGGUGCCGAGCAGUUCUUGGAGGAGACGGAGCGCUCGCUACAUGAUGCCAUUAUGAUUGUGCGUCGCACCAUCAAACACGAUUCGGUUGUUGCCGGCGGCGGUGCCAUCGAAAUGGAACUGUCGAAGGUGCUGCGCGAUUAUUCACGCACCAUUGCUGGCAAGGAGCAGCUGUUAAUCGCUGCCAUUGCCAAAGGCUUGGAGAUUAUUCCGCGUCAGCUGUGUGACAAUGCCGGGUUCGAUGCGACCAACAUUCUCAACAAGCUGCGCCAGAAGCAUGCCCAAGGUGGCCAAUGGUUUGGCGUGGACAUCACCAAGGAGGACAUUUCCGAUAACUUUGAGCAGUGCGUGUGGGAGCCAUCGAUAAUAAAAAUAAAUGCACUCACCGCUGCCGCAGAGGCCGCUUGCAUGAUUCUGUCUGUGGAUGAGACAAUAAAGAGCCCGAAGGCCGGCGAGCCGCCCAUGGCUGGUGGCGGCGGCAUGGGCAUGGGUCGUGGUAUGGGCAGGCCCAUGUAAAAUAAAAAAACAAUUAAAAAGAAACAGUUUAAAACAACACAACACUAAACAUCAACAACAACACACACUUAAUGCGUUUCACAAACAUUCACUUGCAUUUCUCUCGCUUAACUUAACACAAUUUCACAUGUAUUACUGGUCAUUAAACGCAGGCUUCUUUCGUUGCACUUAUUAAACAAUUUAUAUUAUAA